AUGCCGCCGGCCCCCCCGCCGCUGCCUCUGCCCAAAAAGCCACGCUCAUACUUUGAGCGCUUCGUUGCACAGCCCUUGACAACGGCCUACUCGUCGCGCCCCCCGAGCGUGCAGCCUGAUGGCGGCGCCCGGCUGCCGAACCCUCUAGUGCCAAAGGCUCCCGGCAUCCGCACCGGCUCGUCGCAGCAUGCAAGCCAUAAGACGGGCCUCGACAUCUCGGCCCUCGACAUCAACCGCGAACGCACCCAUGCCGUGCUCGCCGGCAAGGACAUUCUCAAGACGGUCCGCGUCCACGACGCCCGCAUAGUCGACGACACCAAUCUGCGCGCCGCCGCCCUCAACUAUGCCGACGCCCAUGCCCGCCAGCGCGACGGCCUCGGCAUCCACGACGUCAAGUGGUCCCACGGCCAGUUCAGCUCCCACAUCGCCACGGCCGCCGCAAACGGCAAGGUCAUCCUCUACGACCUCAACCGCGCCAGCGUCGAGCUGACGCGCCUGCACGAGCACACGCGCCAGGUGCACAAGCUCGCCUUCAAUCCCCACCAGGGCCAUCUGCUGCUCUCGGCCAGCCACGACUCGACCGUCCGGCUCUGGGACCUGCGUGACAUGCGCAGAGACGCAGCCAUCUGCCGCAGCCGCGACCAGUACCAUGGCAUCAACGGCGGCAUCCGCGACAUCCAAUGGUCGCCCACUGACGCUGUAGAGUUUGCCUUUGGCACCGACAAUGGCACCAUCCAGCGCUGGGACUUUCGCAACUCCAAGAGCCCCAAGCAGAAAAUCACCGCCCACGACCAGCGCAUCUGCACCUCGAUUGACUGGCACCCAGACGGUAAGCAUCUGCUCAGCGCCGGCGUCGACCGCACCGUCCGCGUCUGGGACUUUUCCAUCACCAGCCGCCGCCAGAAGGCUGCCUAUGUCUUGCACACGCCCUUUCCCGUGUACAAGGCACGCUGGCGACCGCCGCACUGGUCCGACGACCACGACGACCACGGCGUCUACCAGUGCACACAGCUGGCCACGUCGUAUGACCGCGAACACGCAGCCAUCCAUGUGUGGGACUUUCGUCGCCCUUGCUUGCCCUUUCGAGAGAUUAACUGCUUCUCUACAGCGCCCUCUGACAUGCUCUGGCACUCACGUGACACUCUGUGGACUGUUGGCAAGGAAGGCAUCUUCCAGCAAAACGAUGUCCACCAUGCCCCCAAGACGCUUGACCGCCGCAAUCUGCAGGCUUUUGCCAUAUCCCCCACGGGUGAGGUCGGCGCCGUUGCCCAGAAACGGCCUAGGCCACGCUCCUCUGCAGGGCUCGCCUAUGUUGACGAGGCCUACCUCGGUGAUCCACGUGACAGGCGCCAUGGCCCUGGCAAAGGCAUGCUGCGCAACUCGGCAGACGACAGUCUGGACGAUAGUUUUCUGACGUCUACCAUGAAGCGCCACCAUGUGCGCGCGGCUAGCAACAGGUCGACCAAGUCGUUUAGCACCACGCCACCUUCUGACAUUGGCCCCAAAGUUAUGAUCUUGAGUGACUCCAUGGUCACACACAGCGAUUCCUUCAGGCCCAAUCAGACUGCCAUACGCGGCAUGCUGCCGGGCGCAAUCAACACCCAAGUCUUUGCCUACUUGGCGCACAAGUACAAAAGCAUACCCCUCGCUGACCCUCCUGACCUGGAUUCGUUUCUGCGCCUGGAGCGCGUCUUUGAGCAAAACGCCGAAUAUGCACAGCGCGCUGCGUACCACCGCCUCGCCCAGUCAUGGAGGGUUGUGGGCACAUCGAUCGCUGUGGCGACACGGCGCCGAGCAGAGUUACACAGACAGCAACGAAGGUUGCACCCUCACACUCCAGCACUCGUGUCGUCUGGCAAGCUGCUUGAAACAGCGUCUUUGGCGCACAUGGCAGUCCACGACAAGCGGCUGGCAGCGCCGCCCAAUCCUGCAGUGCGCGCCAUUCUCGGUGUCGUGGAGAAGCCCGCACCCGUGGUAGUGGAGAGUACUUCCAACAUUUCAACCCCUCUUGCCCGUCCAGUAGUCGCCAGCACUGCCAAUGACUCGAAAAGACCUGAUUUGCUCGAUAUUGACCAAGAGGACAUGGACCAGCUCCCGCCAGCUGUCACUGCACCACCACCACCACCUGCAGCAACGAAUAGCUCGCUGGUGCCUGCACACACACCUUUCAGCGGUCCUCAGUGGUACCCCUCUGGCGACGGUCUGGACGAACGUCGUGCCCUAAGCGGCAGCUACAGAGCAACGCCUCGUAUCCCGCUGAGUCUGACACCAAGCAGUGCACAGGGCAUGAACAUCAACAUGCCUCAUACGCUAGAGCGGCAUGAUUCUGGCGAGAGCUUUACCAUGUUCUCGGCCUCUUCGGGUUCCCAAAAGGGCAACUCAAUGCCUAGUUCGUUUGCCAGUGGAAACUCGCAGUCAAAUCGUGUGAACCCGCCAUCGGAUUGGAAGGCUGUCUCGGAGCACUCUAGCUUUGGCAAGCCAAGAAGCUCUGAACACGAAUUAGGUAGAAGCAUACCCAUAUCGCCCACGACCGUUCCCAUUGGCGGGAAAGCCCACACAGAUCAGCAUCCACAAGGCUUCACCCAUACGAGCCACGCAGAUGCGUUUGACAGUGGAGAGCGGCUGGUUCGGGACAUGCAACACUUGCGACGAAACAACCAGCUGCUUCGCCAAGACAGCUCCGAUUCCGAGGCCCUCACCAGCAUAUCCUCGUCUUCGUUUGACUACAAUGCAGAUAUGGAGGCUAGCGGGACGAUUGUGCCUGACGCGUCAGACGAUGUGAGAUCGCUUCCUAAGCCACCUGUGCCCCUGCCACCGCAUGCAUGCGGAAACGCGCCUCCGGUACUCGAUCCUUCUACGGAGGAUGGCCUGCUGUUGUCUGAUUUUACGGCUAUGCAUGUUGACGCGGAAGUAGCAUGGCCAUAUUCCGCCGUCGACUUGUUGAACAGCCUUCUUGCGUAUCAUACCAAGGCGUCGGAUGCGCAGUUUUGCUCCAUCCUCCUUCUGCUUCUCGGGCCUCUUCUCCCGCAGACACACAGCCCCACGGAUGACGCCAGUACCAGUGUCGGCGAUGUUCUCAACGCCUUUACCGACACCUUUGUCGCGCUUGGGCUGACCCCUGCACAGGCAAAGGCCAUUCUCUCCACCCAACUAGGCCAGCUCAUGGCCACAGGUAUCAAUCCGUACCAAGCCGAGUCGAUACUUCACACGUACCACGCACAGCUGCACUCGUUGUCACUGUUUAAUUCGGCGGCGACGCUUCGCCGACUAGCGUAUCCGACCUAUCCCGCUGUAUAUGAGCAAGCGCUCAAGGAGACCCAGCUUGGGCUGCUGUGCCUCAGCUGCAAGUCGCCUAUUAACAACCCGAAAGACAAGAUGCGCUGUGAGUCGUGUAAGCGAACACAGGCGCCAUGCCCAAUCUGUUGGGCCAAAUACCCGGCGUUUGAGGCGCUCACGGCGAAGAAGUCCAAGGCCAAGUCACGCUCCAUGUUCAAGGACCGGGGGCAUACCAAACCACGAUCGUCUGUUGCUUCACAUCCAGACCUGCAAGGCGAUCGCGAUGCUGUCCCAUCGCCAGCUGUCCCGGCGGAGUGGUCUCCGCCUACGGCCACGCUAUGGACGUGGUGCCCGCUAUGUGGGCAUGGUGGACACGCCAAUUGCCUCUCGACAUGGUUUGCUGACCUGGUUUUGUCAGAGGGUGCGUGCCCGACCGAAGGCUGUCUCUGCGACUGCGUCCAGGGCAGUCGGCGGGAUGCAAAGAUGGAAGAGAUACUUCUCAAGAAGGCGGAAAAGGACCGAUCCAAGCUGGUCCGCAAAGGGGACGACUGGAAGGUCAAGGAGAGCAGAGCGGUUUCGGCCGUCCGAAAUGCUGCCCUGGAUACCAUACCGGAUCAUUCGCACCAUCCCAGCUCCGGAACCACGACGCCGACUCGUAGACAAUAAAAAAAAUAUAACAUGAGUCGUCUAAAUGCCGCACCAUGAUCCAAUUGCGGGAUCCGAGCGGCAGUCAAAUUGCCGGCCCGUUUUCUCCUUCGGGCGCUUGACACCUUACUACAUCAUGGCGGCCGCGCUUGUAGCUCCACCCGACGAUGCG